CAUAACCCUACUGUCUCACCUGAACCGGCGGCGAGUCGGGAGACAAACCCGGACGGACUCUCAGUGAGCAAUGAAAUGAGGUUUUACUCCUUCAGAUUUGGGUGUCUGCUGGCUUUGGCUUGUUUUGUGUCGGUUACCUGGAUUAAAUCGAUCCCCAAGGAUGGAGAAGCAGUAAGGCAGCCAGGUGGUUCAGGCCUACAGACGUUCCUCCAGCCCAACAUUUACCUGUACAUGCCCCACCUCAGACAACAUCCUGACAGCCUCCAACCUAAUGUAGUCAUAGGACAGGGACGCCGUGGAGUGUCCAUGGUCAUGGGCAUUCCUACAGUGAAGCGUGACAAGCAGAACUACCUGGUUAGCACACUCAGCUCUCUGCUCUACAGCCUGACUUCUGCACAACGCCAAGAUCUCCUCAUCAUUGUCUUCGUUGCUGAGACGGACCCAGACUAUGUGGGCAGCAUAGCAGAGACCAUCAGGAAGAAUUUUCCCAAGGAGGUGCAGUCCGGGCUAAUGGAGGUUGUCUCUCCUUCACAGUAUUACUACCCUGACUUCACCAGCCUCCGAGAGACCUUUGGCGACUCCAAGGACAGAGUCAAAUGGCGAACAAAGCAGAACCUGGACUUCAGCUUCCUCAUGCUCUAUGCUCAGGAUAAAGGAACCUAUUAUGUUCAGUUAGAGGAUGAUAUUGUUGCAAAGGCAGACUACUACAAUGCCAUGAAGACCUUCACCACCCAGGAAGCAUCCAAGGAGUGGCUCUUCCUGGAGUUCUCCCAGCUUGGAUUUAUAGGCAAGUUGUUUCGGACGCGUGACCUCCCGAUGAUUACGGAGUUCUUCCUGAUGUUCCAUAGAGACAAACCCAUCGACUGGCUGUUAGAUCACAUUCUGUGGGUGAAAGUCUGCAACCCAGAAAAAGACGCAAAAGACUGUAACAAAGAGAAGGCAUUGCUCAAGCAGAGGUACAAACCCUCGCUCUUCCAGCACGUCGGCCUCCACUCCUCUCUGCCAGGCAAAGUGCAGCAUCUGAAGGAUAAGGACUUUGGGAAGCAGGCUCUGCACCAGGCCCACAAUAACCCAGCUGCAGAGCUGAGCAGCAGCCUGAAACAUUACCAGCAGCACAGUCUGGACAGAGCUUACAGAGGAGUGGACUUCUUCUGGGCAUUAACACCCGUCAAGAAUGAUUUCAUCCUCUUCAGCUUCCCCCAACCAAUCCACAUAUCCGGGUACCUGUUUCGCAGUGGAAAUAUUGAGACGAGUGGAGAUAAAUUCUACAACACCACAGUGGAAGUGCUUCCCAGCAAAAUAUUCAUUAAAGUUUGACGACCACCAAAGAGAGGAACCUACACGCACACAUUGCCGUCAAGCCCAGUGCCUCACCUGUACAAACUGCUCCCCCUGUUGGACAAAGACUUUCACUACAGGGACUUGUUUUUCACAAGGAUUACAUGAAGUGCCUGAAACCGACUGACUGUUGCCUGUGAGGAUCUGUGUUCAGGGUUUUUUCUGAACCAGACUGAGGUCACCCAUUUCCAUUCUACUUACUGUUCAAUUCAGCAAUAUUAAACAUGUUGAGUUAGGACAUUUGGAAGGGAAUCCCUUGUGCAUUUGACCACACUGUGAGCUAACAGUAGCUGUUUAAAAACAGCAGAGCUACUUAAUAAAUAAUUUAUUAUACUGCCGCGUUUUAUUUUGUUGUAAAUUAACGAAAAAGUGUAAAAAAGAGUA